GCCCCUUCCCUGCCCCGCACUCCGCCGCCGCCUCACCCCGCACGGCCGCUGCGGCCCCGCACCCUGCACGGCCGCCGCCACCCUGCUCUGCACGGCCACGCGCGCGGCGAUCCCCGGAAGCAGCGGCGGGCGCCUCCUAUUCCAAAAUCACCAAACCUCCCGGAGGCCAGCUGCUGUGGCAGCUGGGCUGCAGCCAGCAGCGUGCCUGGGCCGCUUGGCGGCAGCGGGCGGCCGGCUGCUCGGUCGUACGGUCGCUUGGAACCCUGCCGCGCUGGGAGGGUUCGAGGCAGGAGCUGGCCUGGUCGAUUGGAGUCUGUGAACUGUGAAUUGCAUAGGACAAAAUGCCAGGCGAAAGGCGACCGCGGCGAAAGGGGGUCGCCUCGACCUUCAUGAGGCACGACGACACCGACGACACCGACGACACGGACCUUCAGCCUCUGCUGGAGUCGUCCACGAGCAGGGACCGUGGACAGGGCCAGGUCACGGCGUCUUCUAGCCCGAUGGCCCAGCCCGAGGAGGAGCACUUCGAGGGCGACCACGUUGAGGACGAGGACGAGGAGCCAUCCCGGCUUGGUCGUGCACAAGGGGAAAGAGGAGCUGGCCGCACUUCUCCAGCGUCGAGGCAAACGACACCACUCUUGCGCAGGUCAUCAAGGCUGAGUUCUGGGAGUGGUUCGUGUGCGAGGAGGGGAAAGAGGUCGAGGCGGCGAAAGUCCAAGACAAGGUCUGCAGAGAGCGGCUGAAGAACAUGUACUCCGAGGCGCGCAUCCAAUGCGUCAUCUCCUACCACCACGAGGUGCUUGGCCAGAAGGUGACGAAGAAACAGGCUAGGGAGAUUUUAAAAAAUAAAAAUAAAAAGUCCUUGCCGAAA